GGGAGACAAACCUCCGAAUUUCAUAGAUAUAACAGAGUUGGAUCUGGAAAAGCAGCAACAGAAAUUUGACAUGGCCAAAAACUGCCUUUGACUCAGUGCGAAUUGCAUCUCUGUCUCCUGGAACUGAGAUCUCACUGCCCGUACAUAAAUCGAAAUCGAUCGCCAACUCCUGACCUAUUCCACUCCUUUCUUUACACAACCCAACCCUCCGUUUGCCCGCAUCGGACAUUGCGGGGGAUCCGCACUCCAAGCUACCAGCUACAAUGCUCCCGCCAGCGCUCAACCUGCCGCAAUGGCUCUCCCAAAACGCCCACCUCCUCCAACCCCCCGUGAACAACUACUGCGUCUACCACCCUUCCUCCCCCGCCACCGAGGGCUACACCGUAAUGGUCGUCGGCGGCCCCAACGCGCGCACAGACUACCACAUCAACAGCACGCCCGAAUUCUUCUACCAGCACCGCGGCGCCAUGCUCCUCAAAACCGUCGACACAACCACCGCCCCGCCGACCUUCCGCGACAUCCCCAUCCACGAAGGCUCCCUGUUCCUCCUGCCGGCAAACACGCCGCACUGCCCCGUGCGCUUCGCGGACACGGUGGGUAUUGUCGUCGAGAUGCCGAGGGCGGCCGGGGCGGAGGAUGUCAUGCGGUGGUACUGUGGCGGGUGCAAGGGGGUGGUUUGGGAAAAGAGGUUUGUGUGUACGGACCUGGGCACGCAGGUUAAGGAGGUUGUGGAGGAGUUUGCGGCGGAUGAGGGGAAGAGGACAUGUGGGGGCUGUGGGAAGGUGGCGGCUGUAAGGUAUGCGGAGGGGGAGGUGGUGCAGCCGGGGAGGUUUCCGGAGUGAACGACGGGGGGAUUGGGGUUGCGGAGAUAGGUAGGUUUGGGAAGAAAAGGGGAGGGGGAGGUGGUUGUCAAGAUUUAUCAGAUCAGCCGGCUGAUUGAUAUUUUCGUUGGUUAUGAUGGGCCGUGAAAUCGAAGUUGAAGUCCCAAGUCUAUGAAUUUCUAUUGCUAUACCCCGUUCCGCAACUUUUUGAACUUUACUAAACUUAUCUGUAAGUUGUGUUUAUUUCCAUUAUUAUGUUGGAAAGGCAACACACUUUUGGACUUUAUAAUCUUGGAAUGUUCCGUCCGACCUAAGAAUCACUCGUUAGGAGGAAUACAUCAUGGGAGAAAGGCGGCAGCAACGAGUAAAUAGUAGUUAAAGAAGAACCUUAGAUGGAAUGAAUUGGAUAGCUUUCGCACUGAUGCUGUAAAGUUGGGAUAUACCAUUGGAGCUAGGUCGGGAUGCCCGAGAACGUAACUUGGGAGAAGACGGCUGAUGCUUAGUCCAACACUAAGAUAUAUUCCGAAGGUUUGGUAUGUGAUAGGACAUGAAAGAGCCGAAGGGUUGUUGGGGAAAGCUAGCGAUGGGUUGGUAUUAUAUAUACAAAUAUAUAGAAAAUAGGGCAAGGAAUUACAACAGAUUGUAUAGAACAAAAAAGGAAAGAUAAUAGAAAAAUAAUGAGAAGGGAGAGGAAAAAAUGAAAUAGAAAGAUAGAAGAACAGAGA